AUGGGUUUUGGCCGACACACACCUUGGCAGGAUAUAAAAAGGGACUGGUAUGGAGAGAAGGAGCAAUCUGUGUCCCCAUCCCUUUCGCUUCCGCUUCUUGAGCUUGAACCUCCAACAAUACUUGUGCGCGACUGCUACGUGACGACUUUCGAUCGUAUCUGGGCAAAAGCAUUUCAAUCGGAGGGUAAGAAUGGAACCAUCUUAUCUGGCCAGCCUGGGACUGGAAAAACACUGUUCCUCUACUACCUUCUUGUCCGUCUUCUGCAGCAAAAGCAAAAGGUACUAUUCUCCCCGGACGGCGAAGUGCUUUACCUCUUCAACGACGAUCACGUCUACGAAUCAAGCACAUCCGAAAUUAAAACUUCAAGACAUCUACCAAAAUCUAAAUCGACCUCUAAGAUUUUUUUAUGGUCUCUAUUUGAUAUUGAAGAGGCCAUGGAGCCAAAGGGAUUCCUUACCCGCCGGCCAUGUUUGCCAGUGCAAGCAACAUCACCAGACCCCAGCCAAUAUAAGACUUGGCGGGAAGAGAGAUAUCCUCUUCUCACCGCAUUGCCCCUAUGGACCGACAAGGAGUUGUUGGCAGGGUUACCGUUCCAGGAUGAAUACCCAGCUCUGAUGGAAGCACUUCAGGCAAAUACACUUGAGGAGCUUGAUCUUCAGCUAUCUCGGUUCUCUGGUGUAUUUGAAGUUCUCCAAGAAUAUCAAGAGGACGAGAAAUUGCUGCCACCUGCUCAGGCCCUGACGCUCCUCUUGGAGAAUGCGAUACAUCACUUUGGACACUCAGCUCGUGAUGUUUACAUGGGAUUGUUUGACUACAGGAGAUCCCUCAAUCUUCACAAAGGUGCCUUUCAUAUCACAUACGAGAAACUGCGAGAAGCUGUAGCCGCCCUUGCACACGGUGAAACACCCUACAGUAUCUCAGACCUAAUUCUCUCCGUCAGCCCAGCCUUUUCGGGGGCUCUUGAUGAUGUCAGCUGGAAGGUGGAUUUCAAGUCUGACUGGGUUGCCAAAUGUGUCGAUGAACAAUUGGGUGCUGUUGAAGACACCACUACGUAUCAGCAAGUUGACCUUCUUCAAGGGAUACCGGGAGCAGCUUGCAUUGUAGGACGGUUUUUGAGCUAA